GUAACUAUAAUCUCAUUUUCUUUUACUUAAACAACAAUUUUUAAGUCUCCCUCUCUUCAUUUUUAUUUAACGAUAACUCUACAAUUUCACCACAUCAAAAUGGGGAAUUACAGAAUGUGUAUGUGUUUCAUUCGCAAGUUCAAAGUCAUGGAGGCCGAUCCACCGCCCGACGUCAAGGACGCUUUCACUAAAUACACUGACGCUGCCUCCCACAUGACCGCCGAUCACCUCCGUCGUUUUCUGGCCGACGUUCAGGGCUCCGGCGACGUCAGCUCCUCCGAUGCAGAGAAGCUGGUGGAGCAGAUACUCAACAGGAGGCAUCACAUCAGUAACAAGUUACACAUGAUCAGACACAACAACACUCUUACUCUUGACGAUUUUCACCAUUACUUGUUCUCCCCAGAUCUUAAUCCUCCCAUUCGAGAAAACCAGGUAUACCAGGACAUGACAAAACCGCUGUCCCAUUAUUUCAUAUAUACGGGCCACAAUUCUUACCUAACAGGCAACCAGCUGAGCAGCGAUUCCAGUGACGUCCCCAUCAUUAAUGCUCUCAAGAGAGGCGUCCGUGUGAUUGAGCUUGAUUUGUGGCCUAAUUCUACCAAAGAUGACAUCGAUGUUCUUCAUGGCAGAACUCUGACUACUCCUGUGGGACUCCUUAAAUGCUUGAAAUCCAUCAAACAGUAUGCCUUUUCAUUCUCCCCUUACCCCGUUAUAAUAACCCUCGAAGACCACCUUACUCCGGACCUUCAAGCUAAAGUAGCUCAGAUGAUCAUUGACACGUACGGGGACAUCUUGUAUUAUCCUGAAUCCCAAUAUUGCUUGGAAGAGUUGCCUUCUCCAGAAGAUCUAAAGAAUCGCAUAAUUAUUUCGACCAAACCUCCCAAGAAGUAUCAUAAGCCUAAAAGUUUCAAGAGCAAUGGAAAAAAAUCUCAGAAAGAUAAUGAUUCUGAUGAUGAUUCCUGGGGGAAGGAGCUAUCGGACCUUGUAUCUGAUCAAGAAGAAGGUGAAAUGAGUGACAGUGAUUCAAGUGAAGCCAGUGAUGAUGAAUUAAACCAUGUGGGAGUCGAUGCAUAUAAGCGUCUAAUCACCAUUCAUGCUGGAAAGCCCAAGGGUGGGUUAAAGGAGGCUCUAAAGGUUGAUCCCAAUAAAGUUAGACGCCUUAGUUUGAGUGAGAACGUACUAGUAAAAGCUACGGAAAAUCAUGGAAUGGAUGUAAUCAGGUUCACCCAGAAGAAUAUCUUAAGGGUCUAUCCUAAAGGCACUCGAUUGAACUCUUCCAACUAUAAGCCACUAAUUGCUUGGAUGCAUGGAGCUCAAAUGGUUGCAUUCAAUAUGCAGGGAUAUGGUAGAGCUCUUUGGCUAAUGCAUGGAAUGUUUAGGGCUAAUGGAGGUUGUGGUUAUGUGAAGAAGCCUGAUUUUCUGAUGACUAGGGGCCCACAUGCUGAAGUGUUCAAUCCUAAAGCCAAAUUACCUGUAAAGAAAACUCUAAAAGUGAAAGUAUAUAUGGGAGAUGGAUGGCACUUGGAUUUUAAACCAACUCACUUUGAUUUGUAUUCUCCGCCAGAUUUUUAUACCAGGGUUGGAAUAGCAGGAGUGGCAGCUGAUGUGAAAAUGGAGAGAACCAAAAUAAUAGAGGACAACUGGACACCUGUUUGGGGUGAAGAGUUUACAUUUCCGCUGACUGUUCCGGAACUGGCUUUACUUCGAAUUGAAGUUCAUGAAUAUGAUAUGUCCGAAAAGGAUGAUUUCGGUGGGCAAAUCUGUUUCCCCGUUUCUGAAUUGAGACCAGGAAUUCACGCAGUUCCUCUUUUUGAUCGCAAAGGAAAGAAAUUAAACUCCUCUAGGCUUCUCAUGCGCUUCCAGUUUGUCUAAGUCUAUCAACAUGUAUGUAAAUAUUGUUAAUUCUUCGGAGAUUGUUGAUGUCUAAGCAUUUUCUAUGUAGUCUCUUCUUUUUUCCAUUUCCAUAUUAAUUUAAAAAGGAAAGGUUUGAAGUUGUUUCCUACAUGUUUGCACAUAGCAAGUAUCUGAAUGUGCUUUUCUUUGGUAUUAGGAAAUGAAUUUUUCAGAGUCAA